CUUACCUUGGCAUUCGGGAUGGAUCGCGGAAAAGCGAGCAAGCAAAGAACAUUCACCUCUCAUCAUUGAAUCAUCGCGUACCGUCCACCAACCAUCACAAUGGCUGUCGGGCGAAGCGCAGCCUUCAAACUCGACUGGACGAAGCUUUCGUCCCAGCUCGGCCUCCGUGGCAACACUGCAAAUGCGCUUGUCGCCUUUAAGAAGCGCAACGAUGAUGCCCGUCGCAAGGUCCAGCAGCUGUCGGAGCUUCCCCAGACUGUGGAUUUUGCCUCGUACCGCUCCCAGCUCAAGAACACGGCCGUCGUGGACGAGAUCGAGAAACAAUUCAAGGCUUUUAAGCCAGCGACAUACGAUGUGAGCCGUCAAAUCAAGGCAAUCGAGGCAUUCGAGGCGCAGGCUGUUAAGAGUGCGGAGGAGACUAAGGCGGUGGUGGAUCAGGAGCUCAAGGAUUUGGAGAAGACUCUCAAGAACAUAGAGGAGGCUAGACCAUUUGAGGACUUGACUGUGGACGAGGUUGCUGCUGCGCGACCAGAUAUUGACCAGCGCACCGAGCAGCUUGUCUCGAGGCACCGCUGGCAUGGACCCCAGGGUUACAAGGAGAGAUUCGGCGACCUGUCUGUUCUGUAGAAGGUUGUCUGCAUGGUCUUCUUGGUCACCCCUUCCAAACGUCUUUCUAUUUGUGCAUAUAGUAUCCUCGCAAAUGUGCAACAAUUAGAAAUGUAAAAGAUCUUUACCUUCA